AUUGUACGUGCAGCUUAAAUUCACAGUCAGAUUGUUUCAAGGCAGAGCAGACGUACUCUUGUCGAAGAAUAAAUUUGAGUUCAUAUUUUAUAUCAUUUUUUGUGCAAUAAAAUUAUAUUUAAUUUCUUAAAAAUGCCUCGUCGUGGUCGAGCAUCAGGUCCACCUCCAAGAAGCACAAGACCUUCUCAUGGAUCUACUCAAAGCUAUGGAUCAAGUUCAAAUAGUCUACCAGCUCGAGCUCCUCCAGCAACACCAAUGCCUGCUCAACCAAUGCAACCUCAACAACCAUCGCUCAUGGGUCAAAUGGCUGCUACAGCUGGCGGAGUUGCUAUUGGUUCAGCAGUGGGCCACACCAUUGGCCAUGCAAUGACCGGAUUGUUUAGUGGAGGUUCAAACGAGCCGACUGCUCAAGCUCCUCCAGCUCAAGCUCCUGUAGCUUCUGAUGCUAAUACUACUAAUAAUGCAUGUGCUUGGGAAAUCAAACAAUUUUUAGAAUGUGCCCAAAAUCAACCUGAUAUCUCAUUGUGUGAAGGUUUCAAUGAAGCUAUUCGUCAAUGCAAAAACCGUUUUGUCUAAAAUUGAAUUAUGAUUGUUAGCUAUAAAGGUGCUUCAAUUCUGUAAAUUCAAAUUUUAUUCUAAGCACAGCAACCAAAUAAAAUGUUGAAGUAGUUUGUUGAACCAA